AUAAUCCAAUUGCACCACCCGUUAUGCCCUCACAUGCUGCUGGUGGUUACACGAUAUCUCAGGCACGGUUAGCGGAAAUACGUUCUUACUUCAUGUAUUGGUAUUUCGAUCAGGAUAUGUAUGGCGGACGUGGCGACUAUCAAUUUGAUAUACACGCUUCAAUGACACAAAUACACAAAAACUUGAAUUUCCAGCUGCCGUUCUUUGGUUUCCGUUUCAAUUACACACGACUAUCACUUAAUGGUUAUUUGGAAUUCUCAGAUCCACCAGAAUACUUGACAUAUCCUUUGGUAUUCCCCGUUAAAGAUUGGCCCAAAAAGAAUGAUCCAUCUUUCAUUGGUAUUUGGUUUUCGAAGUGCCGUGUCGGACGCAUCUACGCAACUGAUAUCGACCAACGUACGCCCGGUGUAUAUUUCCGUAUGGAACGUGAUCUGUUAACGCGAACUGAUAGAUUUGGUGUUGAAGUACGUGAACGCACCAUGUGGGACAUUCGUGAUGGCGUUGUAGGAGCCGAUACUUUUGUGCCAAAACAUGUUGUAAUAGCCACAUGGAAGAAUGUCUCAUUUGCUGGCGGUAUUGAUAAUUCUUUAUUUAGGACUAACACAUUCCAAAUGGUAUUAGCUACAGAUGAAGUCUACACCUAUGCUAUUUUUAACUAUGAUGUACUCAAUUGGUUGACACAUACUGAAGCUGGUGGUGAUACUACCACUGGUGAAGGUGGUACUCCGGCAUUUGUUGGCUUUAAUGCUGGCAACGGCACUCAAUCGUAUGAAUAUAAGCCAUACAGUCAAAAUAUGGUUAUUCGUGAUUUAACAGGACGUGGCUGGGCAAAUGGUUUCCCCGGACGACACAUAUUCCGUAUUGAUGAACGCAUAUUAAUUGGCUCUUGCAAUAAAGAUAUUGAUGCGUCACAUUUACCAUUAACAUUUGCACCUGAAUCUGGUAAUAUGUUGGGUGGUACUAUUGUUAAUAUAACUGGUCCUUGCUUUGAUCCAAAUAUACGUGUUACAUGUCACUUUGAUACGGAGGAUGUUUUGGGUACAUAUAUUAGCACUAAUCGUGUUAUCUGUGUUCAACCAUUUUUGAAAGCUGAAGGAUGGAUACGUUUUGAGAUAUCUGUUGGUAAUCAACGAUUCAAAUGGCGUGGAAAAUACUUCGUAGAAACACCUGCUGCCGCUACCGAGAAAAUCUACUUUGAAACUGAGGAUGUACACAAGAAGGCACCCAAUGAAAUACAAAUCAGCUGGGAUCGUUAUAAUUUGACCACAAAUUUCAAUGCAAACAUAAUGAUUUCUUUAUGGGGAUAUCGUGAAACUACUAUAUAUCCACAAUUAGAAUAUAUUGAUGUCAUUGAGGCUAGUCUCUCUAAUGUUGGCAAAUAUGUGAUAUCACCAAGCAAUUACAUCAAUCGAAAUAAUAUCAAUAAUGAUUUGCAAUUCGGCUUUCUACAAAUUAACUUGACAAGCCCAGAUCAAUAUGCUGGACUAAAAAUAAGUCCCAUACUUUGGUCCAGACCAAUACCACUGGCUUGGUAUUUUAAACCGCAAUGGGAGCGCAAGCAUGGCGUUUAUUGGCCACGGGCACUUUGCAAUAAUUGGAUUCGACAAGAUAGAUUUUUAAGAGAAUUUACCGCUGAUUUGCCAAUGUGUCCUUGCACACUGGAACAGGCUUUGUACGAUAAAGGACGCUUCAGACCAGAUCGUGAAUGUGACAAGGAUUCAAAUCCUACUUGUUUGAGACACAAAACGGCUAUACAUUGUGUUGUUAGUGGUGCACCAGUCGCUCAAGGAGCUGAACAACAAUGUUGCUAUGAUCGUUACGGUUAUCUGAUGUUAACUUAUGAUCAAAUGUGGGGCUCACGUCCACGUCGUAAUCACAAUCUUGGUAAAAUGCCUUGGAAUGAAGCUGGUAAAGUACCAACACUCUCUAAUUGGUUCCACGAUAUGCGUCCAUUCUACUCCUGUUGCUAUUGGCAACAAGAACAAGCUGUUGGCUGUGAAACAUUUCGAUUUGAAAGACGUCCAUCACAAGAUUGUGUUGGCUAUCAAGCACCUGGUGUAGCUGGCGUCUUUGGUGAUCCACAUUUUAUUACUUUUGAUGGUUCGCAGUAUACAUUUAAUGGAUUGGGUGAAUUUGUUCUAGCACGCAGUGUUGCUAUUGAUCGUCGUUUUGAAGUACAGGGUCGCUUCGAACAAAUGCCAAAGAAUCAAUAUGGUGCUGUUAAGGCUUCACAACUUACAGCAUUGGCUAUGCGUGGUAAUACUACAACAACAAUUGAAGUACGUUUAAGACCAUUAUUCUCACGUUGGCGUUAUCGUCUGGAUGUUUUGGCUGAUGGACGUCGUAUUUAUUUCGAUCGUGAAAGCAUGAAAUUCCAACAUUUCGAUGGUGUCACUGUUUACACCCCAACUUAUUUAUUGAAUCAAUCACAAGUCGUGGUUAUGUUUGAUGCUGGCAUUGGUGUGGAAGUUGUUGAAAAUGAAGGUUAUAUGACGGGCAGAGUGUACUUACCAUGGGACUUUAUUAAUAAAACGGCGGGGUUGUUUGGUAAUUGGAGCUUUAAUCCUUUGGACGAUUUUGUGUUACCGAAUGGACAAAUAUUAAACUUAAAUCUUAACAAUCUACAACAAAUUGCAACAGAGUUUGGUAUGAAAUGGGCGUUAGCUGAUCGAGAAUUGCCGGGUGUGGGAGCAGCUUUGUUCACGCGAGAAUUCGGGCGAACGGCUAGUUAUUAUGCGAAUGCUUCGUUUACGCCGAACUAUAUAAAAGAUCCGCAGGACUUUUUACCUGCUAAUCGAUCGUAUGAUAUUCAGAGAGCGGAGGAACUGUGUGGGGAAAGUUAUCAGUGUAAAUAUGAUUAUGGCAUGACGCUGAAUAGGGAUUUGGCACAUUUCACUAAAAAUUAUUAUGAUAGUUUAAUUAAUAUUAAAACAUUAAAUUCGAAACGAAUAGUUUCUUGUGGUGUGUUGGAAACACCACGUUUUGGUCGCAAACUCAGCUUCAAUUUUAUGCCUGGAGCCAAAGUAUCUUUUGAGUGUAAUGAAGGUUUUAUACUUUUGGGUGAUCAGAGACGUGAAUGUAUGUCCAAUGGAUUGUGGAAUGUGCCAGAAUAUGGUUACACAGAAUGCUUACGUGAGGUCUUCUAUACACGUCGCAUCGCUUUCAUAGCAAUUGGUAUUAUCGUUGCUGUUAUAUUACCUUUAAUGACUUGUAUUGUUUGCUGCGUAUAUCGCUAUCGUCAGAAGCAACUGAAGGAGGAUCCACAAUGGCAAAUGACAACUUUACCACGCUCUCGUGCCUCAUCGCGCGCUAACUUACGCCAGCUAAGUCAUGGACCAGAUGAUGAUAGCGAUACAGAUGCUACGGGCACAUUAAAAAAAAGUAGGUCAUAUGAUAAAGUAUAUCGUACGAAUGAACCUCUACCGAACAAACCACGUAUUGAAUUUCCAGCUAAAAAAUGGGAUCUGGAUGACGAGGAUGUGACCUCAUCGGAAGGUGACAAGCCGAAACAAAUGGGUCGACGCUCAUUGCGUUCUACUUCUGGUACUGAUCAAGAUCACGAAGGUUCACCCAUAGACGAACAUGAGGAUCAUGAUGAGGAUGGUGAAGAGGCACAUGAAGUUGGCAAUAUACAUCCAGUAGGUUACCAUCAACCACCUUCCCCAGAAGAGGAUGAACACAAUAUACAUCCAGCUCUGCAUCAACAAUAUAGUCCAACAUUUAGUGGCGUUGAUAGUCGCAAUAGUGAUGGCAGUCAAAUGAGUUAUCAGCCAAAUGCAGCAAUGCAAAAUCGUUUUGGUGGUGUACCAGUACUACCAAAUAAUACACAAUAUUUUAAUAGACCACCAUCGGGUGUGCCAGCGAGUACACCAUUGCGUCCAGCACCGAAUGUUGUGCCUGUACAAACAACUGCCAUGCCCAUCACACAAGAAAGCGGUUUGCCAUCUCCGCCACAUGCUGCUUCACCAACUCCAUCCGUACAAAGAUCCACAGAGGUCUAAGAGUUCAUACAAAACGUACCUACUAACAAUACUAAAUAAAUAAAUUUUUCAAUAACAAAAGCGCCCGUCAUGCAUUUGUCAUAAAUAACCGCAAGCUUCAUGAGUUCUCGUGCAGCAUCAUGAGUUCAUACAAUUUGCCGCAUGUAAAAAGCUUCAAAGUUCAAAUAUUUUUUCAUAAAAAUUUCUUAAUUUUAUACAUAACUUUUUUACACAAAAUA